AAAGUCAGGGUAGUGGCAAAUAAGGACUUGGACCUCAUUAUGAUGGAAGAGUUGCCUGGAUUUCAUCGAGGACAGGGUCUCAAGAUCUUUGGGAGGGAUUCAUUGCAAUGCCCAACAGAGCAGGAGCAUAUCCAUAUCUCCAUGGUCAACAACAAGACUGGUGGUUUGUUCAGAAUUGCCAUCAAACUCAUGAUAGCUUGUGCAACAACCAACACCCUCUCAGUUAUUGAUCAUGUACUGAUUGUGAACCUUUUCGGAGUGUACUUCCAGAUCUGUGAUGACUACAUGAACCUUCAGAGCACAGAGUACUCAAACAACAAAGGCUUCAUGGAAGAUCUUACUGAGGGAAAGUUUUCUUUUCCCAUCAUUCACAGUGUGCAAGCAGACAAAAAGAACCAUGUUAUACUGAGUGCAUACUAA